AAAGAGUUACACAUGUUGAUUAACUGUCUGCUUGCUGUAGGUCGCCAUCAUGAGUAAACAGAAGUUUCUCCUCCGACACAUUUGGAGAAAUCUACAGCUUAAACCAAAACCUGAAAGUGUGAGAAGUUAUCGAAAGGAUGCUUCAAGACAGAAAGCACCUGUUUCACUUUUGCAAAGGAUGUUUACAGAAGUGGCUUGGCUUACUGUUCCAGCCGUAACAUUCAGUUUAGGAACAUGGCAAGUCUAUCGUAAAGAAUGGAAAGAAGGGAAAAUAGCUUACAUGCAAGGGAAAGUUUCUUCUUCGCCAAUUCCAUUGCCUGACAAUUUAGAUGACCUAAAUAAUACAGACAUGGAGUACACACCUGUGAGGGUUGUAGGAGAAUUUGACCACCAGAUGGAGCGAUAUAUCUACCCACGUCCUAAUGUCCAACACACACACGUCUCCGAGGUGAAGGGCAUGGGGGUCACUCCAAGUCGAGGUGGGAUGCUGGUCGUUACACCAUUUAAACUGAAAGACAGAGCUGAACGAAUACUUAUCAACAGGGGAUGGAUUCCAAAGACAAAAGUAGAUCCAAGUUCCCGAUCUGAAGGACAGGUUCUGGGUGAAGUGGAAUUGGUCGGUGUUGUACGACACUCAGAACAGAAAAAUGUUUUCACAAACAGUCAGGGUAUCGGAGAUCCAAAGGUUGUGAUUACAAGAGAUGUAAGUGCCCUGGCUGAAACUCUCAACACCUCACCUGUCUACCUGGAUGCUGACUUCAAUAGCACUGUGAAGGGGGGACCAAUCGGAGGUCAGACUAUCGUCACACUCAGAAAUGAGCAUUUACAGUAUAUACUCACUUGGUAUGGCAUUUGUAUUCUGAGCCUUAUAAUGUAUGCUCGACGAUUUAGAAAACCACCUGCUCUGCAAACACAGAUUCAUCGUAAAUAACAUGAUGUGAAUGGAUUCCGACAUCUACAAAGAACUUUUUUAAAAAUUAUUCUUGUAUGCUCAAACAACUAUGGUCAUGUUCUGGUUCAUAUGUGUUGAACUAUCUGCUGGUGUUUCAGUUGAUGUUAAAGUCUAGCUUCACAGAUUAACUGGAUAAUAUUUUGUAUUUGGCAAAAUGUAAUUAUGAGAACAAAAUAGUGACAUUUUAGUUUUGUGUAGGAGUUGUCUCCUCUUAAACAUAUCAGCCCACCUGUUCACAUGUGUAAGUGUGUGCUAGCAUGCUGUUUUACAUGUCUGCCUUUUGUGGUGGGGGUAAUGGGUUAGGGGAUUAAACAUUGAUGCAGCAUUGAAUACAAUAAUGUACUAAGAGAUCUUUUAGAACUAGUUGGAUGUAUAUGAUAUGAGGGGUAAUCUAUAUAUAACCUGUCUGGAAUAGUUCAAGGGAAGGCGACAGCAGAAACAAGGACUGACGCUGUCGUCGGAAUAUACACUCUCACAGACAAGGACUGACGCUGUCCUCAGCAUAUACACUCUCACAGACAAGGACUGACGCUGUCCUCUGAAUAUACACUCUCACAGACAAGAACUGAUGCUGUCCUCGGAAUAUACACUCCCACAGACAAGGACUGACGCUGUCCUCAGAAUAUACACUCCCACAGACAAGGACUGACGCUGUCCUCGGAAUAUACACUCCCACAGACAAGGACUGACACUGUCCUCGGAAUAUACACUCCCACAGACAAGGACUGGUGCUGUCCUCGGAAUAUACACUCCCACAGACAAGGACUGACGCUGUCCUCGGAAUAUACACUCCCACAGACAAGGACUGACGCUGUCCUCGGAAUAUACACUCCCACAGACAAGGACUGACGCUGUCCACGGAAUAUACACUCUCACAGACAAGGACUGACGCUGUCCUCGGAAUAUACACUCCCACAGACAAGGACUGACGCUGUCCUCGGAAUAUACACUCCCACAGACAAGGACUGACGCUGUCCUCGAAAUAUACACUCCCACAGACAAGGACUGACGCUGUCCUCGGAAUAUACACUCCCACAGACAAGGACUGACGCUGUCCUCGGAAUAUACACUCCCACAGACAAGGACUGACGCUGUCCUCGGAAUAUACACUCCCACAGACAAGGACUGACGCUGUCCUCAGAAUAUACACUCCCAUUAUGUAUUUUGGUAGAAUCAGUGGUAUACAUGCUGAUAACCACGAUCAGUUGUCACCUGUUGGGUAUUAUCUGUACGAGUUGUUGAUGAACAGCUGUAGAUAUAUUGAUAUAACAAAUUGUGACUUGAUUAUCCUACCAGGGAACUUGUGAAGAAUAAUAAUUCUGCAAAGAUCUGAUCUUAGGACAAUGAUACACACAAUUUAUCUCAAACGAGUGUAAGAGUUUGCCUGGCUUUCAUCAAGCCUAAUUUGUGCUGAAACACAUAUUUGAUUAAUUUUCUCACAUACUUACAAAAAAAAACAAAUUCCAGUGGGUAUAAACAUCAAUCUGCCUCAUUUGUAAAAAAUCAAAACUGCAUAGUUGAGACAGGAUUCCCCAUUCACAUAAAAUUUAUGACGUCAUGGAAAUUGCCAUAUAUAGUAUGAGCCAGCUCUCUCACCCUACCCCAUGUGAAAUGUUCCCUAGCAAAAAUGUGCUUACCCAGUGGAACUAGAGAUAUCUGUCAAAUAUGUGUGACUUAAGUUAUCUAUUUCCUAGCAAAAAUGGAAUAAACCUGUGAAAUAUGUGAGAACACCGUGUGAACAUGUGAGAACACCCUGUGAAUAUGUUAGAACACCGUAUGAAUAUGUGAGAACACCGUAUGAAUAUGUGAGAACACCCUGUGAAUAUGUGAGAACACCGUGUGAAUAUGUGCGAACACAUUGUGAAGUAUGUGCGAACUUGUAUACUAAAACAUUUAUUUAUCACAUAACUGGCCUGUUGUACGUCAUAAGGCCAUGUCUUCAAUAUUGUUAUACAUGUGUAAUAGCACUAUUGUGAUGUAAUCAAUACUUUAUGUCACAAUAAAAAUAUGGCACAGCAGUUUAUGUAGAGAAAAACGUAAUGACUGAGUCAAGAUUUGCCGGUCUUAUAUAUACAAAAAUAAAUCUGAAUUGUUUUACGUGUUCUCAUAUCCUUUACUUAUGGGUUUGUAGUAUGGCAUUUAUUAAACUAUUAAAUAGUUUGAUACACCACUCGCUUAAAGGCUUGUGACAUCGGUUAUAAAAUUACUUUAUCAAGUCCAUAUGGCAGAGCUUUGAGUGAAGGAUAAUCUAUUUAUAUGCAAAGUGAUAUAUUUUUUAAUUGAAAGACUAUAAUUAUCUGAUUUCUAUGUAUGUCAUUUGUGAGAUAAUAAACUUGUAGAGAAGUAAAAA